AUGGAAAGUGGGGAGGGAGCCUUAUGGAGGGAUGACCAUAUGUUCCAGCCCCCCAAAGAAGAGAAGGUGGAAGACAAGGAGCCAUUGCAUCUGACUACUCUGUACCCUGAGCAGGAGACAUAGAGGACCUCUCAUCUCACCAAGCAAGGCAAGGAGACAGAGUCUGUGAGGAGAGGCCUGGCCCCCCGCACCUGGCUACCCACCUCCCAGGAGCUGUGUGACCUGCUGCAGGGAGCAGACAAGCCUCCCAUGGAGUCAGCCAGCCUGCCCCAGGCUGCCCAGCAGCUGGCCCCGGAGCCCUGCUCCAUCCACCUCUCAGCUGCCAGAGAUAAGAGGAAGAUUGCCCGAGUCCCCAUGCCCUACCUGGCUGCAGGUACCAAAAGGCGCCUCCCAGCCAGCAGCAGCAGCCCGCCUCCCAAAAACCAGGGGCUGGGCAGCCAGAUUUCAGAGGCCCGCGCCCCAACAGGCCAGGCGUCCAUGGUCACCAGUACUGUGCCCCCCAAGUGCAUGGCCCACAGCCCACCUGUGCAGAGUUCUCAGAAGCCCAUUCCUCCAAAAGAGUGUGGGGUCAAAGUGCCCGCCGUCACCUGUCAACGCCAUCUCAGCCUCUUUAUGGACAAGAGUCUCAAGUUCUGCUCCUCCAGCCAGGAAGCCACAGGGAAGGAGCUGAAGGUGGAGAAGGUGGUCUACCACCAGAGCCCCAGCAAGAGGAUGGGCCAGGAAGUGGCCACCAACACCUUCCACAAGAUGCAGGACCUGGAACCCGGCCCUGGAGCCGGUUUCCACAAGACCCGGGACAGCAGGGCUGUGUCCCAGGAGGUGGUGCUGGGGGGCAAGUUGACCACCCAGACCAGUUUCUCACUCCAGCGCCCAUACAGCCCCCCAGGGGAGGAUCCUUUGCAAGGGGCUGCCCUGUACCAGUGCCUCAAAGAGCACCUGCUCACCCAGGCCCAGCGCAAGGAGAAUGGAUACCCCUUUGCACACCCCACACUGCCCAGGGGUGCUGUCCUCUUCACAGCUCAGGAGAAGCAGCCCCAGGACUCCUCCUGUAGGCUGUGCUGCCGCUGUGGCACCCAGUACCUCGUGGCCCCCUCAGGCAGCUGUGUGCACCAGGAAGAAUGUCACUACCACUGGGGGCGGCUGCACCCCACUCCUGCGGCUGGGGGCUGGGAGAUUCAGUACACGUGCUGCUCGGCCCCCAUCGGCUCCCCUGGCUGCCAGGUGGCCCAGCAGCACGUGCAGGACGGCGGCCAGCAGAACCUGCAGGGCUUUGUGCAGACCUUGGCCAAAGAGCUGCCCCCAGGGGCUCACCCCGGCAUCUACGCCCUGGACUGUGAGAUGUGCUACACCACCUCUGGCCUGGAGCUGACCCGCAUCAGCAUGGUAGACAGCACCCUGCAGGUGGUAUAAGACACCUUCGUCAGGCCAGACCGCGACAUCGUGGACUACAACACCAGGUUUUCAGGAGUCACCACAGCUGACCUGGUCGACACCAGCACCUCGCUCCGGGACGUCCAGGCCACCUUGCUGACUCUCUUCAAUGCCCAUACCAUCCUCAUCGGACACAGCCUGCAGAGCGACCUGCUGGCUUUGAAGCUCAUCCACAGCACCGUGCUGGAUACAUCUGUGCUCUUCCUGCACUACCGGGGCCUCCCCUACAAGCACUCCCUUCGCAACCUCACGGCACACUACCUCGGACACGUCAUCCAGGACAGGGUGGAUGGCCACAGCUCCAGUGAGGACACCAGCACCUGCAUGUGCCUGGUCAUCUGGAAGAUGGGACAAGACGCCAAGACUGAGCAUUUUAAGGACAGGACUAUGACUUUGGGAACUGCUGUGUGA